AUGUCCGGUCAAGUCUUUAGCACACUGGAGCCAAUAGACAACCAGACAGGUCUAGAAAUCGACCCACGACUUCAACCAAUGUCUCCCGACCGACUUGCUACUUCUAUCUCCGAAAAUUCAGAAACCGAUCACAAGGAGGUACCAGUGAAAUAUAGCGAGCGGAAACUUUUCGGUCUCAGAAAGAAGGUCUUCAUUCGCACCAUAGCAAUUGCUCUCUUUCUGAUUAGUUGUGCCAUCAUUGGAGGGGCUAUCGGUGGGAAUUUGUCGAAGCGUAACUCACAAAAGGCUUCCACAAGUACCAACGAAACAGCAUCCGCGCCUUCUAUAUCUAUCGAAACACCCCUUUCGAUAACCUCCACCUCAACAACCUCUGCGAUCAACUCAACAUCAACUUCUUCUCCAUUUAUUCCAACACCCACAUCCAAUUACGAUCAAUUGUUGCAAGACUCGUCCAUAUCUUCUGUUAACUGGACCGAUGGAACGUACCAGCACUAUGCAGUCUUCUAUCAAAAAAGCUCUGAUCAUAUUUCUGCGUCGGUUUGGGACGAGUAUAAUAGGACUUGGAGUACUUCGGACGUUAGUGGGUUCAACUUGCCCGCUCCAAAUUCCGGUACAUCUAUCGCCUCCAGCGUACGAAGCAUACCUGCAACAAAAUACUUCCAGCUGAACGUGUAUUUCUACACUGCUGACACCAAGGUUGUGGAGUUGUAUACAAAGAGCCAACAGGCUCUCACAAAUAGUUGGAACAAUGGGCAAUUGACGUCCACACCCUUCGUGGGACUUUCUGACUCCCACCUAGCCGCAUACUGGGACAAUUGUGAUUUCCAGUCUUGUCUCUCCAGUUCCGUGACUCUAUAUCAAUCCUUGGAUAGUAACCUCCGUUUUUCUAAUUCGUCGGGGGGCUGGUACAGAGAUGAAAGCCAGAUAAUAAAGCCAAAGAUCGCUGCCCCGAAGACGAGCAUAGCCUUGAUGCCAUGGCAACCAAAGAAAGAGUUGAAGGCGUACAUAAAAAACAACAACCGAGUCCAAGAAUACACCAACAAAUACCAGAACAAUAUUACUAUGUCGAACUGGGUUUUGCGGAAGUUUCAUAAUGCACGCAGAUUCGUAACCACAUACUAA